AUGGGUUUCUUUAUUCCUCAUUCCACCUUGAAGAAUUUGAAAGAAUACAAGUACCAAGGAGAAGAUAGAUCAAUUGUGUCAAGGUAUCUUUUGAAACCAUUUUGGUACAAGUUUGUUCAGAUCUUUCCACUAUGGAUGGCCCCAAAUGUUGUGACACUUUUGGGAUUCUGCUUCAUUUUGGUCAAUCUACUUACUGUCUUUUAUUUUGAUCCAUACUUGUUAAGUGAUCAACCUAGAUGGACUUAUUUCUCUUAUGCUUUUGGUUUAUUUAUGUAUCAAACUUUUGAUGCCUGUGAUGGUACCCAUGCCCGUCGUACUGGACAAAGCGGGCCUUUGGGUGAGCUAUUUGAUCAUUGUGUGGAUGCAGUGAACACUACUUUAUCCGUCAUUAUUUUCUCGUCAGUUGCAGGGUUUGGUUACUCAUGGCUCUUGAUUGCAUCUCAAUUUGGCACUUUAGCCAACUUCUAUUUGAGUACUUGGGAAGAAUAUCACACUCAUAAGUUAUUCUUAUCUGAAUUCUCAGGUCCAGUGGAAGGGAUUUUAUCAGUUGUUGGGUUAUUUACAAUUACAGGAAUCUUUGGACCACAAAUAUGGCAAACUGAGUUUUUCGAAGCAAAUCUAUCCUUUUUAGGUUUAGAUUCUGAUUUUAAAUUCACAUUCACCACUGCUUAUAUUAUUUUUGGUGUCAUCGGGUUAUAUUUCAAUAUUGAAAGCGCUAGAAGAAAUGUUCAAGACCAUUAUAAAAAUGAUUCCAAGAGUUAUUUUAAAGCUUUGAAAGGGUUAUCCCCAUUUUUCAUCUAUUAUGCUACUGUUUUCGCUUGGUUAAAAUACAACCCUAUAAUUAUUGAAAAAUAUUGUCUUCCUUUUGUCUUGACAGUUGGUUUAACAUUGGCAUUUAGUGUUGGUAGAAUCAUCAUUGGUCAUUUAACUUUACAAAAAUUUCCACUUUUAACACCAUCCAUUUUCAUCCCACUUGCGGAAUUUUUGAUCUUCAAAUUGUUAACUCUUAUGGGUUAUAGUUCAGAUUCAAUUACUGGAGAUUUAAUAUGGACUGGAUUUGGCUUAAGUCUUGGGUUUUAUUCUCUGUUUGUUUUAGAGAUCAUUUAUGAAAUCACAACAUACUUAGAUAUUUAUGCAUUGAGCAUAAAACAUCCAAAAAGUUCUUGA